AUGGCCUGGAGUAAUUUUCUAUUGUUGGUGACGUUUCCCCUCGAAGGGUUGAUUUUCUUCGGGACAAUUAUGGGGUGGCCAAAUAUGGUCGAAGUCCUAAAACAACUCCAUGUUUACGAAGAUCUCUGCGAUUUGAACUCAAACGAGACUGAAAUAACCAACUCCAUCGUCAACUGCAAUCAACGAGAUGUCAUUUUCAGCACUGCCGGGACCAUCGGCGGCUUUUCUAUGAAUGUAAUGACUCUUGUCUUCGGCCUUAUCGUCGACAAGAAAGGGCUUUUUCUGAGCAGGAGCUUGAUAACUAUCACGGUAACUGUUGGGCUCCUUUGCUUGAUGUUCACGCCUGAUGCAAACUGGCUCAUGUUUCCGGGGAUUUUCCUUCAGUCGGCGGGAGGAUAUGCUUUUGUCUUGACAAAUGCAACGAUGUCAACUCUUUUCCCGAAAUUUGCAGCGAUUGUUUUAGUUCUUGGACAGUGCUUGUUCCAGAUUGCGAGCUCGUACUUCAGAGUUUUGUCAAUUAUCUUCGAUUCCGGAGUUCCAUACAAAUGGAUCAUCGGCGCAAAUAUUCUGUUGACGAUUCCUGUUUGGAUCAGAACCCUGUUUUUAUUCCCCGAAAAACGAUUUGAACUUGAUAUGAAUGUUUUCAACGAAAGCUUUUUUGGAAAACGAUUCCGAAAAACACCGAUUGAGCCGGAAAAAAAUGAUGGAAAGAAAAUGGAAGACAAAAGCGACAACACAGCGAAAGAAAAAGAAUCGAGUUUGAAAUAUUUCAAAGACGUCAAUUACCUGAUCAUGGUGGUUUGGAUCGUCUUUGCCAAUCUCAACGUUCUCUUCUGCACUUUCACUUGGAAUGCGUACACAAGACUCGUAGCUGGAGAUGAUUAUCAAACUCAUGUGAAUAGUUUUGGCAACUUUGCUUGGACGGCUUCGAUUUUCGCGAUCACGGUUGGUUUGUGCUCUGAUGGACUGACAAAAGUGUUCAACAAGAAAACGGCUGCUUUUGGAAAGAUUCUUGGAGUCUUCAUUUUUGUCAUAUUGAAUUUGAUUGUUGGCGUUAUUUUCGGAAUCCUACAGUUGUCAUUCGAUGAAGAUUUGUUGCUACCAACUGUUUUUAUUUACAACAUUUACAGAGCCUGGGCGUACUCACUCGUCGCCGUUUUUGUCAAAUUCAUGUUUCCGAUGAAAUUUUUCGGCAGCCUUCUAGGCGCGCAAAGAUGCGCUCUUGGAAUCACAAGUUUGGCGAUGCUUGGUCUGCCGGAAAUCCCGAAAGAGUAUGGAGAAGAUGGAUUCAGAGGGAUCUUUUACUUCUUUAUUGCGACGCAGGUGGCAAUGAUUGCGUUUCCAAUUAUUUUGGGACGAAAACUUAUCAGAAUGAAAAAUGAACAAUAG